AUUCUAGCCUAGCUAGCUAUCAGUCCUUGUAUCCCUCCUAGUAUUAUAGUUUUCUGUCCUAGUUUCAGAGCUUUAAUGGAGUUUCAUCUCCUACCCAUCCUUGCUCUUAUCUCUCUAGUAGUGGCAGCAGGCCAUGCUGCUCUACCUACUGAAGUCUACUGGAAUUCAGUUCUGCCAAACACUCCCAUGCCAAAAGCUAUCAGGGAUAUUCUUCGGCCAGAUCUUAUGGAAGAAAAAGGCACUUCCGUAAGUGUAGGGAAGGGCGGGGUAAAUGUCCAUGCAGGAAAAGGCAAAUCCGGAGGCGGCACCACUGUCGGGGUGGGCAAAGGCACUGGGGUAAAUGUUCACGCAGGAAAAGGAAAACCUGGAGGUGGCACCACUGUUGGCGUCGGCAAAGGAGGAGUAUCUGUUAACGCAGGCCACAAGGGAAAGCAUGUAUAUGUUGGUGUUGGUAAAGGGAAAAGUAAAUCACCCUUCGAUUACAAGUAUGCUGCUACUGAGGAUCAGCUCCAUGAUGAUCCAAAUGUAGCUCUUUUCUUCUUUGAGAAGAACAUGCAACCUGGGACAAAGAUGGAGUUGCACUUCAUUAGGGAUGCAAAUCUAGCCACCUUCUUGCCUCGUCAAGUUGCCAACUCCAUACCUUUUUCAUCCAAAAAAUUCCCAGAAAUUCUGAACGAGUUCUCGAUAAAACCAGAAUCAGAAGAAGCUGAGACAAUCAAGAACACAAUCAGAGAGUGUGAGGAGCCUGGGAUUAAAGGAGAGGAAAAGUAUUGUGCAACUUCACUAGAAUCCAUGGUUGAUUUCAGCACCUCAAAGCUUGGAAAAGGUGUUCAGGUGAUUUCAACAGAGGUGGAGAAGGAAACCCCGGAGCAGCAGUACACAAUUACAACUGGGGUGAAGAAGCUGGCAGGUGACAAAGCUGUGGUGUGUCACAAGCAGAGCUAUCCCUAUGCAGUGUUUUACUGCCACAAGACUCAGACCACAAGGGCUUAUAUGGUUCCCUUGGUGGGUGCUGAUGGGUCCAAAGUUAAAGCAGUAGCUGUGUGCCAUACAGACACAUCGGCAUGGAACCCCAAGCAUUUGGCUUUUCAAGUGCUCAAAGUUAAGCCAGGAACUGUUCCAAUCUGCCAUUUCCUUCCUGAGGAUCACGUUGUCUGGGUUCCAAAAUAGAAAUCUGCAGAAAGGACUUGAGAUUUGUUAGUUCCGCACAUCAUUCGGUGUAUCGUACUAGUUUGAAAUUCUGUAUGUUUGGUAUUUACGUCUGUAAUACUUCAAACCCCAUUGCCAUAUGAUUAUAUAUAAAUAUAUGAGUCAUAUUAUUCC